AGAAGAUCGAUCGAGUGGGGAGCGAACUUCCUGGAAAACACAGUUUCAAUCCUUCAGCUAACAUUCGUUGCCGAUUGUCGAAACUUCAUCAUCCAAUGGCUUCUUCGUCCAAACCCGUGAAGGUUUAUCACGUGUUCCUGAGCUUCAGAGGCACGGAUGUCCGCGACAAUUUCCUCCGCCAUCUCUACGCAGCUCUUGACCUGAAAGGAAUCUACACUUAUGUCGACAGCGAGGAGCUCAGGAAAGGGGAGGAAAUAGGGCCGGCGCUUACGAAGGCGAUCGAGAAAUCGCACAUGGCGGUCAUCAUUUUCUCCGAGGAUUACGCUUCCUCAUCGUGGUGUUUGGAAGAGGCGGCGAAGAUCAUGGAGUGCCGGGAGGAGAGAGGCCUCAUGGUCUUCACGGUGUUUUACAAAGUGGAACCCAGAGAAGUGAGGACGCCAAGAGACAAGUACAGAAAAGCCAUGGACAAACACGAGUCCAAGUACGGGGAGAACUCGGAGGAAGUGAAGAGAUGGAAGAAAGCUCUUUCAAAAGCCAGUAACCUGUCCGGGUGGGAAUUGAAGGACGGAGAUGACUCAGAUCAUAUACAGAGAAUUGUGAAGGAUGUUGCCACUAGCCUUGGCCGAACACCUUUGCAUGUUGCUAAGCAUCCGGUCGGUAUAGAUUCCCGUGUGGUUAAGCUGAAAUCGAUGUUAAACCUUGAGUCUCAGGAUGGUGUUCUCAUGAUGGGAUUGUGGGGAAAGGGAGGCAUUGGAAAAACGACUUUAGCUAAAGCCAUUUACAACGAUAUUUUCGGUAAAUUCGACAGUUCAAGCUUUCUGGCAGAUGUUCGCGAAACUUCAAAAGAAUGCAAGGACUUGGUUACUUUGCAGGAGAAAUUAUUAUCCGAGAUACUAUUACGGAAAGAAAAAUUAGUAGUGUCUAGUGUUGAUGCAGGUUCUGAGCUAAUACGAGAAAGACUUCAGCACAAAAAAGUUCUCCUUGUCCUUGAUGAUGUCGAUGACUUGCGCCAGUUAAAUGCUUUAGCAGGAGAAGGCAAUUGGUUUGGUAAUGGAAGCAGGAUAAUUGUUACAACGAGAGACAAACAUUUGAUAACUUGUCAUGCAAUUGAUCAAGUUCAUGUGUGUGAAGUUAAAGCACUGGAAGACUGUGAAGCUCGUGAGCUGCUGAGCAAUCAUGCUUUUUCGACACACCAAAAAUUAGAAAUCAGAAGGGAUUUGGUGGAUGGUGUUUUGAAUCAUGCUGGAGGCCUUCCUUUAGCACUUGAGGUGCUGGGUUCCUUCUUGUGUGGUAGAAGAGAAGAUGUGUGGGAAAGUUCACUAAAGAAGCUUUCUAGGAUUCCCAACAAAACCAUUAAUGAUGUGCUCAAAAUAAGUUAUGAUGGAUUGGAGGAAAAUGAGAAAGAGAUUUUUCUCGACAUUGCCUGCUUUUUUAAGAGGAGAGAUACUGAGUACGUAAAGAAAGUUCUCAAUAGUUGCGAACUUGAGGCGGUAAUAGGAUUAGAAAUCCUCAUUGAGAGGUCCUUGAUAAACAUUGAGCACGAGCAACUGCAAAUGCAUGACUUGAUUCAGUCGAUGGGUAAGGAUAUUGUGAGACUAGAAUGUCGCGAUGAUCCUGGGAGACGCAGCAGACUAUGGCUAUUAGAUGAUGUUGUCGAUGUUACGUCGAGCGAUAUGGGAGAUUGUGCUGUAAAAGCCAUAGUGUUGGAGCCACCUACGCCGACGGAGAUAUAUAUCGAUCCCGAUGCUUUUACAAAAAUGAGAAAGUUGAGAUUGCUCAUUUUGCGCAACGUGCAUAAUUCAUUCCAAGGUCCUAUUUAUCUUCCUAAUGAGCUAAGAUGGUUUCGAUGGGCCGGAUGUGCUCGCCCGAUUCCAGAAUUUUCCCCUGGUCGAAAGAAAUUAGUGGGACUUGAUAUGAAGGAAUGCAAUAUGACAGUAGUGCCAAAACAAUUUAAGGACUUCCAGCAAUUGAAGUACCUUAAUUUCAGUGAGUGCCAGUCACUAUUUCAAAUGCCCGACCUCUCAUGUACUCCAAAUCUCGAGGAAUUGGAUCUCCAGGAUUGCAAGAACUUGGUGGAAGCCCACGAUUCAAUUGCGUAUCACGACAAGCUACUUGUAUUGAAUCUAAGUGGGUGCUCUGAACUUUGUGUUUUUCCUAAUGUGCUCAAGUCGAAAAAUCUUGGAGUUCUCGAUCUUGAUGGAUGCACAAAACUCGAGAAGUUCCCUGAUAUUCCACAUAAGCUCGAAGGCUUGAAAGAACUUGGGUUACAAGGGACCGCUAUUAAAGAGCUUCCAACAUCAAUAGAAAAUCUCGUCUCUUUGGAGGGAAUGCAUUUGAGUAAUUGCAAGAACUUGGUAAGUCUUCCCUCCAGCAUUUACAAGUUACAAAACAUUGAAACCUUGGCACUUGGCGGUUGCACAAAUUUAAUCGAGUUUCCAAAGCACGAGGAUUCAGUUGAUCCGCACAUGAAGUUCGGACUUUCAAAUUUAAGCUGGUUAGAUCUUUCGGAAUGUAAUCUAUCCGAAGUAGAGUUUCUCGAGAAUCUUUCCUGUUUUUCCUCCUUGACAAAUUUAUUUCUAUCGGAGAACGAUAUUACUUGCCUUCCUACGUCCAUUAAUAAGCGUCAUCAGUUGAGACAAUUGGAAGUUUCAAAUUGCCGUCGAUUACAAGGGAUUCCCGAGCUUCCACCGUUUUUGAGCAUUCUUCGGGCAGAAGGUUGCAAAUCUCUGCAAAAAAAUGGAGAAUUCACUUUAAAUCAUAAUUUUUUCCGUAGAACGUCGACCAUGCCUCUUGGUCAGAAUCGUCCUUCUUCCGUUAUUCUUUUCCCGGGAGGAGAGAUGCCAGAGUGGGUCUUCCCUGUUGAAGAUGAUUUCGUGUCUUUCAUGGCUUCAGCGAACUUGUAUGAUAAGUUCAUUGGAUUUGUUCUCUGCGUUGUUCUCGGUAAUGAUGAACAGCAAGGCGAACACUCAUUUGAGGUUGUACUACAUGCCAAUGACAAAAGUUGGGCUUACAAUGAAAAGACUUUUGAUGCGUUGGAUUCGGAUCAUAUUUGGCUUCAUUAUCGCAUGUCAGAUUGGCUUCGGGGAAGAGUCGAUUUUGGUCAAAAUGGUGAGAGUAAUGUACGAUUUUUGCUUACCAUGUCGAGUACAAACGUGAGAAAGUGGGGAUUCCGAAUAAUAUGCAAGCCACUAGAAGACGAUUUGAAGGCCGUGCUUCAAGACAAUCAGCUAAUGGAUCCAGCUUUACUCUAUGAGAUUGGGCAUGAAUCAACAGACUCAGAAGCUGAGAGUUCACAUAUGCAUGAAGAUAGUUCGAUCGAAACAGAUCUACAGAAAGACUUGCAAGACUGUCAACUGAGUACUGACAAACAUAGUCAAAUUGUAUCAAAGAGAAAUCAUAAGCUUAUUCUCCCCCAAGGCAUGCAAACCAGCGCAAUGUCGACUGCCAAUUCGACUGGCCGAGGUGAGCAUGGUAGUGUUGGCUUGCAGCUGUUGUUAGAAUGAUCGAAACUUGCCGAGGAAGCAAUUCGCGGUGGUUCCCACUUUUACUCAUACUUCAACAUUGAAGUAUUUUAUGUGCCCACUCCAAAUAGUGUUGACUUUGCCAGCUACAACAAUGGGAAUGAUCA